UUGCGGUCGUGGACAACGACUGAAGUGAGUUUGACGCCCCAACCUCCACCGGCACCUGCUCUAUCUGUUUCCUUAAACAUGAAGUACGUCCUGGUGACUGGAGGGGUGGUAAGUGGUCUUGGCAAGGGCGUCACCGCCAGUAGCGUUGGCGUCGUUCUCAAGGCUUGUGGCCUUCGUGUCACCUCCAUCAAAAUCGAUCCAUACUUGAACACAGAUGCUGGUACAAUGUCUCCCUUUGAACAUGGAGAGGUUUUUGUUCUUGAUGAUGGUGGAGAGGUCGAUCUUGACCUGGGUAACUAUGAACGGUUCUUAGAUGUGAGGCUCACCAGGGAUAACAACAUAACCACCGGAAAGAUCUAUCAGUCUGUUCUCGAGAAGGAACGAAAAGGUGAUUAUCUUGGAAAGACUGUUCAGGUAGUCCCACACAUAACAGAUGCUAUUAAGGAUUGGAUUGAGUCGGUUUCUGCUAUUCCUGUGGAUGGCAAAGUGGGUCCAGCAGAUGUAUGUGUGAUAGAAUUAGGAGGGACAGUUGGUGACAUCGAGUCUAUGCCCUUCAUAGAGGCUCUGCGGCAACUGUUUUUCUCAACAGGACCAGAUAACUUCUGCCUCAUUCAUGUUAGCCUUGUACCCGUGCUUGGUGUCGUUGGAGAACAGAAAACAAAGCCUACACAACACAGUGUUCGGGAGCUGCGAGCACUAGGCCUGACCCCUCACUUUUUAGCAUGUCGCUCUGCUCAGCCAUUGUUGGAAAAUACAAAGCAGAAGCUUUCACAAUUUUGCCAUGUAUCUGCUGCUAAUAUUCUCAAUAUACAUGAUGUUCCGAACAUUUGGCAUGUUCCUCUUCUACUUCGGAACCAAAAUGCUCAUGAGGCAAUCCUAAAACAGCUAGCACUACUCCGUGUUGCCAUACCUCCAAAUUUGCAAGAGUGGACUAAUAGGGCAGAGACUUUUGACAACCUCACUAGUUCUGUGAAGAUUGCAAUGGUUGGGAAAUAUGUUGGCCUAACAGACUCCUAUUUGUCUGUUGUUAAGGCCCUUCUUCAUGCCUGCAUAGCAUGUUUGUUGAAACCCUCCAUUGAAUGGAUUGCAGCUUCUGAUCUUGAAGAUGAAAGUGCCAAAUUGACACCAGAAGUUCAUACCAAGGCCUGGGAGACACUAAGGAAUGCAGCAUGCGUUUUGAUUCCUGGUGGAUUUGGAGAUCGUGGUGUGAAGGGAAUGAUACUAGCUGCCAAGUAUGCCCGAGAGAAUAAAGUUCCAUAUCUUGGCAUUUGUUUAGGAAUGCAGAUAUCUGUAAUUGAGAUUUCUAGAUCUGUCUUGGGCUGGAAAGGGGCAAAUAGUACUGAAUUUGAUGAGCAUGCACCCAAUCCUGUWGUAAUUUUCAUGCCAGAGGGUUCAAGAACACACAUGGGAAGCACAAUGAGACUUGGCUCUCGAAGAACUUUACUGCAGAGCUCUGAUUGUAUCACCGCAAAACUGUAUCACAAUCCAGAGUAUGUGGACGAGCGACAUCGACAUCGCUACGAGGUGAAUCCUGAGGUGGUUGAACAUUUAGAAAAAACGGGCUUAAGAUUUGUCGGGAAGGAUGAAAGUGGUCAACGGAUGGAGAUUUUAGAACUUGCAAGCCAUCCAUUYUAUGUGGGGGUACAGUUUCAUCCUGAAUAUAAAUCACGGCCUGGAAAGCCAUCAGCCCUAUUUUUAGGUCUUAUAUUAGCAGCAACAGGGCAGUUGGAAGCAUAUGUGAAGACACAUCAGAACGGAUCUAUUUAAUUACUACCGAGGUAUUUUCAGGGCAGGGAAACAAGGUUUUGUGUUUUGGGAAUGAUCAAGUUUAGGAGCAGGAAGUGGAAGAUGCAUGCAUAUAUACAGAUACAAUGAACAGGGACAAGCAAGACACAAGGAGCUUUGCAACAAUGUUUUAAAUGUGGAAUUGGACCAACGUUGAUUAGUUUUGGGUCUUUUAUUGACAUAGUUGAUGUUUCCACCUCUUACUUUGUUUCAAGUCAAGGGAAAGCUGUUCUACAAACACUAAGUUAAUUUAUUCAGAC